CCUUCCCCUCUCCGCUCGCCCUUGAGCAUCCCCCGGAAGCUGCGCGCGGUGGCGCCGGAAGUGAGGAGCGGAUUUCAAACCAACUGGCGGCAGCGCCCGGAGCCGCGAGCGGAGUGAGGAUCUGAGACCUCUGCUGUUGAAAUCGGAAACACAGAUAAACAUACCUGUUAAUUGUAGGUGGAAAGUAUGCCAAUUCGUGCCUAUUGUACGAUUUGUUCAGACUACUUUGAUAAUUUCAGGGAUGUGGCUGCCAUUCAUUGCGGCCACACUUUUCACGGUGACUGUCUCGCUCAGUGGUUCCACAGUGCUCCUUCUCGAACCUGCCCUCAAUGUAGAAUAAAGGUCAGUGCAAGGUACGUUGUCAACAAGCUGUUCUUUGACGUAGGUGAGGGCGAGCAAGUGUUGGAUGCAGAAACUCUCCAGAAUGAGUUGGACAAUAUCAAAUCUCAGCUGUUACUGAAAGGGAAAGAAAAGAAGGACCAGCAAUCCAUCAUUGAUACACUGAGAGACACACUGGAUAAACGCAAUGCAAAAGUAGAAUCUUUGACAAAGGAGCUGAGUGAGGCAGAAAUGCUGUGCUCAACUCUCAAGAAGCAGAUGAGAUACUUGGAACACCAGACAAAUGACUCAAAAUCUGCAAAGGAGGAGGCACACAGGCUUCAACAGAAAUUGAGAACCGUAGAAAAUAUCCAGCUGCUGCUUCAAACACAGAGGCCAGAAGUUGAAGAAAUGAUUCGGGAAGUGGGAAUAGGACAAUCGGCAAUUGAGCAACUGUCCAUCUACUGCGUAUCCUUGAAAAAGGAAUAUGAAAACUUGAAGGCAACAUUUAAAUCCUCUAUGGAUAUAUCUGAGAAGCUCAAGAAAGAAAAUUUUACUUCCAGCUGCAAGUUGAAAAAGUGCGUGUCGCAACUGGAGAAACUGAAAGAGGACUUGCGGGCGUCACAGGAGGAUUUGCAAAAUGCCGACAGAGAGAUUAUGAACUUAAAGAAGAAAGUGGAAUUCCUACAGAAGUCCCUGAGUACACCGAAUCGUACCAAUGAAGCCAUCAACCGUCUAAUCUUUGAGAGCCCUGCUCCUGUAGAUUUACAAUACCCUAAACUACACAAGCCAGUCGCUGGGGAGGAUAUUGAUCUUUGUCAGGCAUACGACUUCGACACACCUGAUUGUAUUCCCCCAACAUCUCAGAGAACCUCAUCUAAGAAAAUCAAGCUAGACACAGACGGGUCAUCCACACCAAAUCGAUCUUCUAAAUUUCUGUACAACACAAAGAUGAUGAACAGAGAUGAGGAUGACCAUCUUCUCCCAACAUUCCUCCGAAAUUCUGUGUUAUUUCAAAAGAAGUCGUAUGGUAGCUCCUUGAAUCAACAAGGAAACCAAGGAUCAGUGCGGAUUGGCUUUGAUGGAUUAGGAGGAAGAAGCAAGUUUAUUGAACCUACUAAAAUGACUGAAAUACGUCCACUGUUGUUAAAGGUAAAGAGGAAGAAAGUGACACGGAUGACUGUAAACAGCAAUCAGCCCAAACUAAAGGAUUUCCUUAAAUGAUUCCCAAAUGUCAGCGAGACAAGGCAAUUGGAUGAAGCAAAACUGUACUGAGUGCCAGGAUAACAAGCGGGAAUUGACUGUUAGGGUUGGUAGCACUGCCUGAACCCUUCCUGGAAAAGUGCAGCUGGCCUGCUAAGGAAUAUACGUACAAUAUGAAAAAUCUUCAAACCUACUGAUCCGAAAAGAAAAAAGACGAUUUCUUCACCAGUGCAUUUGAAUUGUUUCAACAAUUGCUAACCCACUGAAACUACCCUGGUUGUUGAGAGCACAAAUCACUUGGCACUACAGAGAGAAAGAGGCAGCAUGAUAGUAACUGCCAUCGUCAGGGCUGGAGAUAGUGAAAGCAUGGGGAAAAUCUUCAAAUGAAAUUAUCUCAUGUUGGCAAAGAAGGACACAAAGUACCGGAGUAGGUCUACUGGUCAGGCAGCAUCUAUCGAGAACAUGGAUUGGUGACGUUUUUGGUUUUGGACCCUCCUUCAGCCUGAAGAAGGAUCCCAACCUGAAAUGCCACCAAUCCAUCUACUCCAGGGAUGCUGCCUGACCCUCUGCAUUACUCCAGCACUUUGUGUCCUUUUUUGUAAACCGAUAUCUGCAGCUCCUUGUUUCUACUUGUUGUUGGCAAAGAUUUUGCAUCUCCCAGCCAAGAGAUCAUUACAUCUCGCCCCGG